CGGAGGAGCACCCGAAUUCGCCACUCGUUCCCGUCGGUGCGGUGGGGAGGACGACGUGCAAUUCGGGAUGCUCGGCGAUCCCCAUGGCGUUCAGCCCGUCGUGGGGUGGUUUCCAGGGACUCGCCGACGCCUUCCCACCGACAACGUCCCUGCAAGACUUCUCGCUGCUCGACGUUCAGGCUGACUCGUGGUGCUUAGAUGGCCGGCGGUCGACAGGGACCGAAGAUGACCUGUGCAGCAGCCUCUCCACGCUGCACUGUGCUGGCCUGCCCUACACUGACUCUUCUCUGCACUGCACGGAGGAGCCUGUUGCUGCCUGGUGGAUGUCGGCAGGGCCUGCGGCAGGAGACCGCCUCUACUCUCCCUGGAACCAGCCCAGCCCAGUCCGGGGCAAUGGCUCCGUGUCCAAUCUGGGCAGCCCCAGAACUCCCGACAUGUGUGGGAGCCGUUUGUACCAGCAGGGGAGGGCCCUCGACGACAUGGUGUCCCAGUUGGUGGACGAUGACCAGAGACCUUGUACCAGGUCUUCUCUGGAGGCGGGCUUUAGGUGCUCUGGGGCACAGGAGGCCUGUGGCUUGGAGCCUCUAAACCGUCGCCUGGGCUGCUUGGCAGUGGGCAGCAAUGCACGCCAGGGCACAUCCCCGGUCCUGUCCCAGGGCAUGGGAAGGCCCCUGUUGUCGAAGGGCAGCUACCCGGCGGCCUGCCCAACGGGACAGAUUCCUGGGCUGGACCUGCAAGGAUAUCUGACGCAGGGAAGCCGAGAGUCGUGCCUGCAACCGUUGGGCGACCACACCUUGCGAAGCCAGCCGUACGGCAGCAGCGGCCACGGAGGCGCCAACGGCUUCGUGAUACACGGUUGCGAAGGGUACGGGCGUGCCAACGGCUACGGUGCUUCGUACGAGGGCUGCGGCAGCAGAAACGGCUACGGCGGCUACAACAGCCAUGAGGACGGUUGCGGUGGCAGAAACGGCUACGGCGGCUACAAUGGCCACGAGGGCGGUUGCGGCGGCCGAGAGGUGCCGAGCAGCUACCGGGACUUCCCUCGCAACCUGAGCUCGCGGCAGGCUCCGUGGGGCUGCUGGCUGCAGCCCAGGGCUCCCCUGGCCUUUGGGCCCCGUCUGCUGCGACGGAGCGGACCCUCCAACGAGCUUCAUAUGCACCUGGAGGUGUGCUACCAGCAGUUUCACAACCUGGAGAAAGAGCGCAAGAAGGCGGAGGCGGAGCUGGCGCGGCACAACCCGGGCAAGCGGGUGUCGAGCGCAAACAACAUUCCCGUGCCCCGGCUGCCCCAGAAUCCAUCGAGGGUGGACCGCCUCAUUGUGGACCAGCUCAGGGAGCAUGCCAAGGUGAUCACGCUGGUGGCCAAGAUGGAGCAGCUGCGAGGCUGCCAGGUGCACCCGGAGGUGGGGCGUGGCCUGGAGCUCUGGCUGGAGGCCCUGCGGGGGGUGCAGGGGGCCCGGAGGGACGAGGUGCUCCACGCCGCCCACCGCCAGCGCCUGGGGGCCACCCGCCUGCAGGAGGACAGGGACGUGCUGGCCCUUGCGCACAGCAUCCAGCAGCUGAGCAUGGCGUCCCGGCGUGCUCGCACCGGCCUCUGGUGCGCCCUCACCACCACGCUGUUGCUGCAACAGCGCACGUUCCAGCAGCCGGCGGCGCCCCCCGCCACUGGCGCAGCAAGCGACUGAACCCCGUCGGAAAGAGGCCACACCGUCCCUUGCACUGCUGGUUGUCUGCCAGCCUCGAGGAACGCCCCUCGACGCGUUUUUGUUCUUUACGAGCAGCUAGUCAAACGUGCAGGCAGAGUGGUUGUGCUCCGCAAAGUACCCCGGGAGAGAAUCAUCGGUUUGCAAAGACACCGUGUUCUUUUGGGAAUUUGUGCGAGAUGUCCGUCUUGUGGAUUUUGUUUGUUGACGACCGUUUGUGCGCGUAGGAAGCGCAGGGCACGAGUUUGUUGAGGAGCUUUAGCUUGAAAUGCCUUUGGAAAGAAGACCAUUGGCUAAGGAGAGACUGGAGCUCACGGUUCUGCCGACGCUAGUGGAUAUGUUGUGAGCAACGUUUUCUCGUUUGGGCGCAUAGCGUGCUAGUUCUGCGUGGGGUGUAUUUAAACGGAAUAUUGUUUCUGGGCGGUCGCUCGGGCCUCUCUCGGAAAAGACUAGGUUGCCCUUGGCCCUCCUUAGAUUCCCGUCUUUGUACGUAGUUCUCAAACCCGUUGACUCUUGGACGAGCUUUUAACCCGAUUGCCGAAGAGAACCCCUUUGGAACGCUAAUUGGUUUUACAUUUGGGGGCCUAGCAAGUUUUACAGUUUGUGUGACAAGCAGGGGCAUUGUGCAAUACCGUGCGCAUGUUUGGAUCUCACGAAAUUUUUAUCGCUCCUUCAGAUAAGGUUAGAUAUUUUACUCAGAUUGCAUUUCUACGACGUCUUCGACCGACGUAGUCGAAGAAUGUGUUCCUGUCCCCUACGCGGUGCUACUCACAGUACAUACAUUUUCACUUUGUGCCAUUCAGUUUUUCCCCCAUGUGGGCAGUGGCUCGUUCCGUCUGAAAUGUUCUUUUGCGACCAAUUUCCAUUUUGUGAAGCUCCAUGAACCCGAUAUUGCGGACUAGGUAGGGAGGUGGGAGUGUGCCUCCUUAUUUUGUGAAACUUUGUAUAUCAUCGUGAAACGUAGUUGAGCUAGCGGGUUGUUCGGUACCGAGUUCACGUGUCGACUUGGGAAAUGGCUACAUGGUGGGCCAAAAGUUGACUCAAUGCAGACAACAGGUCCUUUGAUACGUGCAGGUUUUGGAGUUUGGUGGCGGUACUUCUUGGGUGAGCCACAGCAUCUGCCCAGAGGACGAGGUCGUACACGGCCGCUGACCCCGUCGCAUCUGCGUUAGUACCGGCUUUUCUAUGUGAUAUUGUCCCGUGUUCCCAGUACCGUGCCGCUGCCAGUUCUUAGGGCGACCAGAUAAGUAUUCUACAGACAACCAGCUUGGAAAGCGUUUUGCCCACGCGAGCUGCUGAAAUCAGAACGGACGACUCCGCAUUGGAGAUGAAGAGCUUUUUGUUGCAUCCGGUAGACUAUGGGGCUGCAGUGGGCACACCCUGAUCUCAUUUUGUACCCCGGCCCCCCUCUCUGUGCGAGCAGAGUCGCGAUGGACUCUAGAGCAGUACGAAUUUUAGCGAAACUUCGAGUCUGGUUGUGCUAGAGGGCAUUUUGGGGAAACACCGUGCGGGGUCCUACGUGGCGAGCGUUCUGCACCGAGAACUCGCGAGUCGGGCGCGCCGCCAAAAGGACUUUGGGAAGGACUCUGCUUGCCCUUGGAACCAAGUAUUUUCGAUGUCUGCAUUAGGCUGUUAAUAUAUACGAUAUAUAUAUUAUAUACCGCUCUCUACACUCAGGCAUUACUAGUGGAAGUCUGUGAAAGUGCCUCGAUAAUUUUAUAGCUUUUACAAGAAGCCGAGAGUAGUAGCAUUAACCGGACGUCGUCCCCGCCCCCCGCAUGGUCUCUAGGUGUCAGGUCUCCGCAGUUGUGCUAGGACUUUUUCUACGGGGCUUUCGCGGCACGUCGCCAUGCCCUCUGGACGAGCGUCCAUGUUCGGUGCUGUUUUUCUCUGCCGUUACUCUCCCGCCUCCGGGGCUGCCGGACGUCCUUCCUCUGGGGACUUUUUCAAUCUGCCUUUGGGUCAGACGAGCGUCCUGCGUGGCCCGUGGGUGUCAGGCCAAGGGAAGGCCGGGGGCAGGGUGUACGCGUACACCGAGGGUGCACAGCCGUAGGGGUAGUUCCAUUGUCUCUGUGCUAGGGUUGCGAGUUUAAACUAAAGAAAUUAGUAUGCAGACCCGAAACAGUUCUUUGGCACUGUGAUAGGCCAAGGGAAAGCUCUUUCCACCUCCUAGCUGAGCAAAUUCUGGAGGCAACCCCUGGAGGAGCUUCUAAACUCUUGACCUGUCACUGACCAUAGUUGCAUCGAGCUCUUUGACAGGAACAACAUGUCUGCCUUGGUGUGUUAUUCUUGCAGCAGGCUUUGAAAAUUGCUGUUUCGUGAAGAAUGGCGGGUUUAGCGACACUUUUAUAGCUAGGAAAUGUAGUUUCGGGCCUUCACGUAUGUUACUUUUAACCUGUGCCAACUCUAAUGACGUCCGUAAGGCUAGCGUAGCCGCAAAAGGACUUGCUGGCUGUCAUUUACAGUAGUGACGCUACCAACGCCACCGUCGAUGCUAUAGACGCCGCGUCGUUAGGGCAGGUAAAAAUGUGCAAGGUGCUCCAAGUGGGGCGAGAACGUAUUGGCGCCAACCAUGGUAAUGCUGCUAUGCAAAGUCGUCAGUCUCCGUCACCCUAGUUGUUGGCAGGCAGGAACGUCGCCUGCCGGGUGCUCGUCUGACCGGACGCAGCGGCCACAUUCCCCGGCAGUCCUCGGGGGCAGUCGACUACAUGUUCUCGCGUGUGUGGAUCUCCGCUGCGCCCGUCCAGUUGCCCGGCCAAUGGCACCUAGAAGACGAGACGCCAUCGUCGGUAGAUCCCCGCCAUGCCCCAAGCGGCAGACAUGCUAAAGCUGGAAGUCGCUGCAAAGUGCCGGGCGCAUCCGUCUUGGCGGCGCCCCCUACCAGCGUCGCAAUUACCGCGAGACGUGGGGGAGGCGAUGCUACCGCAAGAGAGGCAGCGCUGCGAGGAUCCCCUAUUGAUGACAUUUUGGGGGGAAAGGCGUCUUCUAGGCGGCGUUGGCCCGGCUCUGCGUGAGGGCUCGGCCGGAGUGCGUGGUGUUAGGGUUAGUGGGCCUCGCAGGGCACAGCGUUUCUUCCUCGUGCCGCCGUCGUGUGCCCUGUGCUCUGGCAAUCCGUUGUUGCUGUUGUCCGUCGGAGCUCGAGCCGACGGGGCACGUCGCCGGGCCGACAUAUCACUUCGCUGCGUGGCUAUCGAUAUUGUGAUAACUUUUAUCCGCGCGUGAAUGCAGUGGGAGGGUUGCUGUCGCGGAGAAAUUGGGGGGCAGCAAUCUCAUCUAUGGGGUUACCCAGAGCCGAGUCGCAGCAGCCAAAUGUUUGGCCGACCCUGCUGCGAGACACACAACUCCUUGUUAGCGAUGGGGUCGGGCUCGAGCGCUGCCACCUUUUGGCAAGGAGGAUUCUUAUACUCUGGCUCCCCUUAUGUCUGGCUGCAGCAGACUCUACGAGCCAUCUCAGCCAUUCCAACUUGUGAAUCUGGCAGGGGACUACGGUUUCCGCGUGUCACGGUGCUUCCUCUCGAAGGUCGCGGGAAAUUCGCGUGGCCCUGGAUUGGCUCCGACGGCUCUUGGCAUCCGCCGCAGUCGGACUUGAGGUGGAACAGCGUGUAGCGGACCGUCAGUUAUAAAGUGCCAUAAGUGCUGCCAGAUUUUGUUAGGUCCGCAAGCGGGGUUGUUUGGCCGGUGGGGCUCGGUGGUACAGAACCAUGCAAUACAAUCGGAAGCACCACAUUCCUGUCUCUCUGUGGUGUUGUGCAAUGUGUGCGGAGGAUGCGCUCGGCAUCCCGAUGCAAUCCCCAGUGACGGCUUUGGUGUGACCCGCCAAGUGUGCGGGCAAGCACCCAAUCGCUUUGGUUGCCUGUGUGUAGUUUGCUCAAUGUUAUCAUUCUCCAUGUGGAUGCUCGGGCAUUGAUGGCCCAGCUAGUCACAAUUUUUUAGCCCUGUUUCUCUAUUUACAAUAAAGUGCUAUUUCAGACCUC